AUGGCAGGGUUCCUGAUCAGAGUGUACAGCGGCUGGGGAGUCGAGCUCGCCGCCGUCUCCCUCGCGGCCUUCCUCCUCCGGUACGCCGUGGUGCCCUACGUGAACCACCUGGUCGCCAGCCUGAGCGGCCUGAGCGGGAUGGUCGCCAGUGAGGCGGUCGUCGCGAGCUACUGCUACGCCUCGGGCCUCGACGGCGCCACCAUCUCCCGGCUGCCAUGCUUCGUGGCCGGGCGGCCGGGCGACGCUGCUGCCGUGGCCACGAUGGACUGUCCGGUGUGCCUGGGCGCUGUCGAGGAAGGGGAGACGAUGCGGGCGCUCCCGGUCUGCCGGCACGCAUUCCAUGCGCGGUGCGUCGACGCCUGGCUGCGCCUGCGGCCGACGUGCCCCGUUUGCCGAGCGACGUUCAGCUGA